AUGACAUCUCGGUGGAAUCAAGCAUUGGUGCGCAUCGCCUCUGCCAAAGAUCCUACCACUUUGUCGUCCGAUGACAAGGUUCUCUUUCACGAUGAUCGCACCAUCACCAUCUACGAUAAAUUUGCCAAAGCAAGAUAUCACUUUCUUGUUCUGCCGCGCAUCCCUUUCAAGGCUUCGAGCUCUGCAUCAAGCAGCAAACCCCAACAGGGGAUUCCAUCGCUUUCGGCAUCGGAUGGCAAGCUUAACUUCGGCGCCACCAGCAGCAACACGGUACCUGCAUCCCACAUGCAGAGCAUCUCGGCAUUGCUGGCCAGCCCAUACACAUCCGAGGUGCUCGAGGCGGUGCGCAAGGCCAGCGAAGACGUAAUCCAGUAUAUCCGUAACGACAUGCUCAAGGAUCAUGGCACGACUUGGGACAUCGAGCGAGCCUUUCACGCUGUGCCGAGCAUGGACCACUUGCACCUGCACGUCGUGUCGAUGGACCUCGUCUCAGACCGACUCAAGCACAAGAAGCACUAUCUCUCGUUCCACCCAACUAUCGGAUUUGCCCUGCGACUUGAUCAGGUCGAACAGUGGGUGCAACAGGGAAAGAAGACGCUGGCAAAGAGCAAACCUGCAUACGAACAGCUGCUGAAAGGCCCACUCGUGAGCCACCAUACGGCUCAAGUGUUUCGCUACUUUCCCGAGCUCAAGGUGCAUCUUGAGACAUACUGGCGGAAGAGCCUUCUGGUGGAUCGCGGACGAUCCACAGACGACGGGGCCACGAAUGCAGGCGUCAAGAGAGUGGCGUCACACGAGGUGUCGCAGCUAUCCGGCGCUUCCAUUGCUGGUGCAACGGGGUCGCGACCGUUGCAGAGUCGCAAGCUGGAGGCGUCGCAUCUUGCCUUGAAGAGAACACCUGAUUCGCACUCGGAGGACGACGAGCCAUCCCUGCCGACCAGAUGA